AUGUCGUUGGUGAGCGCGUUUUCGGAUGCAGUAAUGUCCGGGAGGGCGUUCAUGUCGUGUCAAAGCAUUGGCUGUCCAGCCUGUGCCGCGCUCCGGAUGUCGCUGCGACUGUCUGGCGUCGCCGUCAUCGUCAUCAUCGUCAUUCUGCCGCCGCGGCCCGCCGCUGAUGAAGUGGGCUUAUUGAGAGACGAGGCCUCAUCUUUACAAGGAACAAUGCUGUGCCACCUAGAAGCAAUUUAG